AUGGAUAUACCGAAGGGGAAGACGUGGAAACCGAAACCCGAAAGCAAACAUGUCUCCUUGGCGGCUGAACACCUGACUGAAGCAGUAUCUCGCAUGGUGACCACGGUGAGCGGCGCCGCUGACACUUCAGACGUAAAAGGAACGUCACGUUUGCCAGGCCGGGCUGGGGAGGAACCCGUGAUGGCGUCGGUGGCGGUGGGCAUGUUCGACCUGUCUGACGAAAUCCUUCUCUACAUCCUGCGUCACGUGCCUGUGUGUGACCUGCUCACCAACGUAGCAUCGGUCUGCCAGCGGUUGCAAACGCUCUGCUGUGACAAGAGCCUGUUGGCCAAUGUAUGCCUGUCUGAGGAAUACAUGAUGGACGAUCAGAGGGUCCGCAACACACUGCGGCAGCUGUCCAAUCAUGUGCAGUCCCUAAGCCUCAACGGCGUCUACUGGCUGAGCAGCGGCGUGGUAGACUCGGUGAGCCGCUGCAAGGCGGUGACGCGUCUUGAUGUGAGUGGAUGCCGGCUGACGGCGCUGCGCCUCUCUCGCCUUCUGGCCUCGCUGCCUCUGCUGCGCUCGCUGGCCUUUGACGUACAGUUGGGUUUCGACGCUACCAAGCUUUCGGGAGAAGCAGUGGACCGACUCAGUCGUCUGGCAGAACUGCGGCAGACGCUGUUGACGCCCAGCUAUGGCGUGGUGCCCUGCUGCGCCCAGCUACGCAAGUUGAUGCUGCAGUUCGACAUCUCUGAUGUGACCAGGGAGGGCAUCGGUGUCAGCUGCCACCUUAUGGUGGGUCAGAGCAGCGUGCCGCACUAUGAGCAGCUGGAAGAGUUCAGCGCCAGACUAGCCCCUGGAGAGGUGAACCAGACGUUGCUGCUACUGUACUUGGCUGUGUUUAGCGUUCACGUUCCAAAGCGCCUCCGUGUUUUUCUGGUGUCCAUCCCCGGCCCCAACCCGGCCCACUGGCCUGCCGCACCCUCGUUGGCCCAAAGCCUGGGCCUCCGCGGCGAUUUGGAGGCCUUGCAGUUGCCUCGCUCUUGGCUGGACCCUUCAUCACUAAAGCGCGCAUUGGAGGGCAAUAGCCCCAGGCACCUGAGCUUCAGCCGCUGUCCUGCCCUGUGGCCGCAGGUUUUCUUGUCCCUGUUGGACGGCGGCGUACGAGACGCCUCGCGUCUACUGAGCCUCAACUUGAGCGGCAUCAAUCUCGUGCCAUACUCAGAGUGCCGCGGUACUGAAGACCAGCUGCUCCCCGCCAACAUGAGCCGACUGGCUUCCAGCUGCGUCAGCCUACGACACUUGAACUUGAUGCACACGCACUACCAUCACGAGCACGAUAACAACCUUCCGCCACCUGCUCCCCAUCUGUGUGCCAGCCUUGCUCAACUUAAGCACCUUCGUUCACUCACCCUACCUGCAUGUGCCCUUUCGGACGGCAUCCAGUCACAUCAUAGCACCACACAGAACUCGUCCCUUUUACUCCUACAUGGCUUGAAGAAGCUCCCUCGAGUGGGCGUCCAAAACUACAGAGUCGGCUCGGCCACUGAGACCCAAGGGGAAACCACCUUGGGAAUCAGCCAGCUAGCCACUGGUUGCCUCUACCUGGAGACCUUGGAGCUCAUUGGGCCUGGCUUCGUCUCUGCUUUGCCCCGUCUGGAGCCAUGCGCCCGAGCUAGCGUGGAGCCUCGCGGCAUGUGCGCAUGGGCCAGAGGGGUCGGGGAUGCUCACCUGGCAGCCCUUGGAGGGUUACCACGGUUGCGCCGCCUGACACUUGCUGGCCUGCCUGGUGUCCUGAGGGGCACAGGUCUGGCCCACCUAGUGACACAGUGCAAAGACCUGCAGGUUUUGUCACUCGCCAACCUUGGCACUCUGAAAAUCAUGAACUAUAACGCCUCCCUGCUGGAGGUGCUUAGAAACUGCUCGCAGCUUCAAGAACUCAGGUUAGAACAGCCCUACUUGAAUGCCAACUCGUCCUUCUUCGAUGCCCUCUCCUGCUGCUCCCGCCUUCAACGCUUCUGCCUCAUUUCGCGCAACGGCUCCUUCGAGGCGACGGUGGUUGAGUCGUUUGUGGAGCGCUGCAGCCGUCUUGUCAUGUGCCACAUGUUCACUGGUGGCACAUUGAUAGCAUGCCGGAACCUGCAGAAAACUUUACUUGACAGGUUUUCCCCAGAGCGUCCAGGCCUCUCUGCGGUCAUUUACCCGAUACAACAUGAAGACCUGCCUUCCAUCAUCAGAGACAUCCCACUCACUCUUCUGGACGGCACGACGUUAUUCCAGAGUCACGUGGCACAACCACCACGCUUGUCACCAUGGUGA